AUAAUAUUUGUCGCAGUUACAACCAGAUAAGGUCUGCUCUGAGCGAGGAUGCAAGCCAGUAGUAAAGUAACUAACUGGAAACCUUGCUAAUUGUGGAACUGGACUGUUGCUGAACUAAAUUAUUACCCUCAUAUUCCCCCAACCUGCAUAAACUUGCAUAUACAGUGCGGUACUGCGGUUCUGCAAAUGCGUCCUGCUUACGCGCAGAUUUCCUCUGCAAACCGUCGCCUUCCUUCCCAAGCGAGCACGCAACGCCCUAGUUGCUAAUCAUCAAACUCCUGUCCUGCAACACAACGACUAGGCCUCAUUUUUCAACUUCAAGUAGUUGAGCGGCCGUACGACACUAAGCAGCACACGUGGGAUGGGCGUCCAUACAUGUUCGAGAGUAAACUCAGGUUAAGCAGCAAGGACUUUUGCGAUGGAGGAUACAACAAUGGACGACGAUGAGCGUUGGCGCGACUUGGAUAUGCUCCUUACUAGGCAGGGCAGGCUAGUCGGCCCCGGCUUUGAACCUUGUCCAGAGCUUAGAGCGUUUCUACAAAGCCCAGAUUGUAAGGUGCUGUGCGUGGGCGCUGGAGGGCUUGGAUGCGAGAUCCUGAAGGACCUGGCGCUGUCAGGCGUGGUCCAUAUCGAUGUUAUUGACAUGGACACGAUUGAUGUAUCCAACCUCAAUCGACAAUUUCUGUUCAGGAUGCAGGACGUGGGCAAGCCCAAGGCCACGGUGGCUGCCGAGCGCAUCAACGCGCGCGUGCCGGGGGUGCGUGUGACCCCCCACUUUGGUCGCAUCGAGGACCAGCCGGCGGAGUGGUACCGCUCCUUCGCACUCAUCAUACUUGGGCUGGACUCGCUGGAGGCUCGUCGCUACAUGAAUUCAGUGGUGUGCGGAUUCCUGGAGUACGACGAGUCCGGGCAGCCCGACCUGUCCAGCGUGAAGCCGCUGCUGGACGGCGGCACGGAGGGCUUCAAGGGUCACGCGCGCGUCAUCCUGCCGGGCCACACGCCCUGCUUCGAGUGCACGCUGUGGCUCUUCCCGCCGCAAACCAAGUUCCCGCUGUGCACACUGGCGGAGACGCCGCGCUCCCCGGCGCAUUGUAUCGAGUACGCGCACCUCAUCCUGUGGGGGCAGGCUCGCCCCGGGGAGGAGUUCGACACAGACAGCGAGGAGCACAUGAAGUGGGUGUACGAGCGAGCAGCGGAGCGGGCCAAGCAGUACGGCAUACAUGGUGUCACCUACCAGCUGACGCAGGGCGUUGUGAAGAACAUCAUCCCCGCCAUCGCCUCCACCAAUGCGGUGGUGUCCGCACAGUGCGUGUUGGAGGCGCUCAAGACACUCACCUGCUGCGCACAGGGGCUUGACAACUACAUGAUGUACGUGGGCAGCACGGGGCUCUACACACACACCGCCCGCUACGAGCGCGACCCCGCCUGCCCCGUGUGCUCGCCGGGGGUGCCGCGGGAGGUGGAUCCGGAGGCGGCACUGCAGCAGUUCAUCGAUCAGCUCCGCUCCGACCCCGCCCUGGGCAAGCACCUCUCCGCUCCCUCCGUCAGCAUGGGGGCUACCAACCUCUUCGCGCACGGCGUCUUUGAAGCGGAAACGGCGCCCAACCUGACCCGGCGCAUGGCGGAUUUGGUUCCGGAGGAUGGAACCGUACUAACGGUCAACGACAAGCGGUUACGGGGCCCCAUGCGGGUACGGGUGAGGUACACGUCAGGGAUGAGCGGGUGAGGG